GACCAGCGAAACGCAUGGUAACGCAUUGAUCGGAUAUCAAAGGAGAAAAUUCUAACCAAGCAUGGCCGCCAUCAAAGCUCUAAAUCCCAAAGCCGAAGUAGCUAGAGCAGCCGCAGCUCUCGCAGUUAAUACAAGUGCAGCUAGAGGACUUCAAGAUGUCUUACGUACCAAUCUCGGACCGAAAGGAACUAUCAAAAUGUUGGUUUCUGGAAGUGGAGACAUCAAGCUCACUAAGGAUGGCAAUGUUUUGCUGCAUGAAAUGCAAAUCCAGCAUCCCACUGCAUCCAUGAUUGCCAAGGUAGCCACUGCUCAGGAUGACAUCACCGGAGAUGGGACAACCUCCAACGUUCUCAUCAUCGGAGAGCUUCUCAAGCAGGCUGAUCUCUAUAUCUCAGAGGGACUCCAUCCACGCAUUGUGACUGAGGGUUUUGAGUUGGCCAAGGAGAAGGCAUUGGAGACCCUAGAGAGCGUCAAGGUUACCCAGGAGAUCAACAGGGAUCUUCUCAUCAGUGUGGCAAGCACCUCACUACGUACCAAGGUUCACCCUCAGCUGGCUGACCUACUCACCGAGGUGGUAGUGGAUGCAGUGCUAGCCAUCCAGAAGCCCAACGAACCCAUUGAUCUACACAUGGUUGAGAUCAUGCAGAUGCAGCAUCGUAGCGACACCGAUACCUCCCUGGUACGAGGCCUGGUGAUGGACCAUGGAGCCAGGCAUCCUAACAUGAAGAAACGCGUUGAGAAGUCCUACAUUCUUACCUGCAAUGUGUCUAUGGAAUACGAGAAGAGUGAGGUGAAUGCCGGAUUCUUCUACAAGUCUGCCGAGGAGAGGGAAAAGCUUGUCCAGGCUGAAAGAGCUUUCACUGACGAGAAGGUCCAGAAGGUCAUUGACCUCAAGAGGAAGGUCUGCGAGGGAAACGACAGAGGAUUCGUUGUCAUCAACCAGAAGGGUAUUGAUCCUCUAUCCUUGGACAUGCUUGCCAAGGAGGGUAUCAUGGGCCUCCGUAGGGCCAAGAGGAGGAACAUGGAGAGGUUGCCCCUGGCUUGCGGUGGUGUAGCAGUGAACUCCUUUGAUGACCUGACCCCAGACGUUCUAGGAGAAGCCGGACUCGUCUAUGAACAUGUCUUGGGAGAGGACAAGUACACAUUCAUCGAGGAGUGCAAGAACCCCCAGUCUGUGACCAUCAUGAUCAAGGGACCAAACCGACACACUCUGACUCAGAUCAAGGAUGCUACACACGAUGGCCUCAGGGCCGUCAAGAAUGCCAUUGAUGAUGGUUCUGUGGUGCCUGGAGCUGGUGCUCUGGAAGUAGCCAUCUACGCUACCCUCCAGAAGUUCAAGGAGACUGUCAAGGGUCGCGCUCGGCUUGGUGUCCAGGCUUACGCCGAGGCACUUCUGGUCAUCCCCAAGGUCCUGGCCCAGAACUCUGGUCUGGAUGCACAGGAGACCAUGGUCAAGCUACUGGAAGAGUAUGCAGAGUGUGGUCAACCCGUCGGCGUGGACAUAUCUUCGGGUGAAGCAGUAGUUGCAGCAACAGCAGGCAUCUGGGACAACUACUGUGUGAAGAAACAGAUUCUUCAUUCCUGUACCGUCAUCGCAAGCAACCUCCUCCUCGUAGAUGAGAUCAUGAGAGCUGGGUUAUCAUCGCUCAAAAACGGAGGAGGUUAAUUCCCCCUUCCCUGGUCUACACGUCUAACCAGCUUAAGUCGUAAUAUUGUCAUGAAUAGAUGUUUUUUGUUUCAAUCGCCAAAUGCCCAUUCAUUCAUUCAUUUAUGGUCCUCAAACAUUCUGGUAUGAUAAAUCACUGAAGAGAUACUUAUAAAAGUGUUCUCUGACACAGUUGUACUCUGUCAUUUCACCAAUAUAUUGAAACUUAAUAGGACCAACUUUGUAGGCAUUCUUGUAACCUGUACCGCACUACUGAACUCUUCCAUCAUUUCUAGGAGUCAUUUAUGAAAUCAAGUUGCAACAUUGUUUUCAUAUUUAUAGUCCUUAGAAAUCAAUGGAAGUGUACUGUCAAACCGUUCUUAGUGGCCACCUCUAUAAAAGGCCACCUGUUUACACUGGUCACCUCUAUAAAACGGCCACCUUUUAAUAGUGGUCACAUCUAUUUCCUCCUUGUGGAAGGAAACGUGUGUUGGAGGACCUGUCUAUAAAGGCCCCCUGUCUACGGUGAAUACAUUUUGUCUUCCCUUGGGUGGCCUUAAUAGACUGGUUUGAGUGUAUUUAUAUUCUUCUUUCCUCUUAGGCUUGAAGUGGAUAGAAACCAUGUCAUGUGGACAUUAUCAUCACCACUCAGACACUUUCUGUAGUGUUUCGUUGAUUGCACAUCCCAACAAGAUGUCUUUUAUUGAGAUAUCUCUAAUCGCUCCCAUUUUCUUUUGAUUAUGUCCGUUUAUUUGUUUAUAGAAUGUUUACUAAGAAUGACCUUUACCUCAAAUGCCUCAGUGAUGUAGAAUGGAAACCAAAGUCGUUCAGUCCCUGUAAUCAGGUGCUACUAAAAAACAUAUAUCCAGUUUGUUAGCUAUUGAAUGAAUGGGCAUUUUGUGAGGAGUCGAGUGUGUGACAAUGCAACAGUUUUUGCACUGUCUACUUUUUGUUAAUAAUAUUUCUUUCUUUUUUGGCAUUAAUGUUGAGGAACGUCACAUAUAUUUAAGCUGAUAUUUGCUACCGUGAUGUAAGGCAGAAAACGUGUUGUGAGAGACCCAGUAUAAUAAUAGAAUUCACUGAAAACCUAAGGCUUAGAUGAAUUUGAUGUAACUACCAGUACAUUUGACCUGCAUUUGUGCAUUAUUUUCUGGAGUUUUACUCUGGUAUAUGACACAUUUUUCGUAUCGUAAAUUCAUUCCUGGAGCGCAAACAUUCUAAUGCAUGUUUUUACACUUAUGUGAUUACAUCUCUGGUAAAUGCACAUGUAGUUGGUCCCAUAUGAUAUGCACUUGUUUGUAAUCUUGUCCAGCAAUCUUUGUGAAUUGACUGGCAAAACUUCAGUCAAAUAUUGCUCACUUUAUAUAUUUGUAAGGUUCUAAAUACAUUUCAAAGUUAGGAAUAGAAUAUCAUACCCCCCCCCCCCCAAGUUUUAGACAGUACUCAGAAAUUGUCAGUGUUUUGGGUAUGGGAUAAGGCAUUCGAACUGCCAAUUCCAAUAAAAAAAAAUCUUCUUAAAUGAGAAAACAGUUUGAUAGUACUUUAAACUUGCAAAUCAAUUGCAAUAAAGCUUUAUAUGAUGAUGGAAAUGAUGUUUCCUUUUUUUUAGUACCAUGUAAUCUGAAUGCUGUGAAUUGUCGGUUAUGAUUAAAUUCUUGUUUUGACACUGUGCAAAUUAAGAUGGCAAAUAAUAUA